AGUUUCCAUGGCGACGGGUCUGCGCGGGCCGCGCUGUGGGGCCCGCCCGGAGCCAAAAAGAGCAAAAAAUAGGGGAAGCAGCAGGACAAGGCUGACCUUUGAGGUGCCCUCGGCUUCGCGGGGGGGCCGUUAUAGGCUGCCCCCACCAGGAAGAGCCCGCUGCCUUGCCAGCCAUUCACCACGUGGGGGCAUUCGUCGUGGGGACAGAGACAGCCGCUGGAGAGGAUGCUUCCCAAGCGGCGGGGAGUGAGCGGCUAGUUAGCCUCGGAGCAGGGAAACCUCGGGGCGGCAGCAGCAGCAGCGACGCGCCCUGGGCAUAGCCUACCCUGCAGGGCUGCUGUGAGGAGGAAAGGGAGAGACCCCUCGUGGUGGGCCACCCCGCCCGCAGGAAGAGGGUGCUUUCGACGCGGGGGCGGGGGGCUGCCUCGGGUGUGAAUGUGCACAGGGUGCUUUCAUCGGCUAAGGUGUGCUGCACAGAAAACUCUGGCCUGCAUUGGAUGAGAGUACACAGGGCUGUUGACAUGAUGGAGAAAAAGGCCAAAGGCAGUUUAAGGUUUCCAAAGUCACAGAAAUUGCAUAGUCCUAUGGAAGGUGCAGUCGGUCAGCUUGUUCCUUCUCGUUUUACUGGAAAUUGGGGUCGUAGAAUCUCGUAUCGUGUUGCAUACACUUGGAACCGAGGUGGGAGGUUAAAAGAACUCCGUAUCAGGCACCUGGCCAGGAAAUUCCUUUACCUGUGGAUGAAGAAGGUGUUUGGAAGGAUCCUCUUUUCCACUGCCAGAUGCUACUAUGAUCGGAGGAUACUUAGGAAAGCCUUUGGAGAGUGGAAGGAAGAAUGGUGGUUGGCUUGCAGAGAAUGGAAGCUGACCAUUAGGGCUGACUGCCAUUACAGGUACUUCCUGUACAACCUGAUCUUUCAGGCCUGGGGGUGCUACAUGCUCCAGCAGCGGGAGAAGAAGAAGAAACAUUGUGUUGCAGAGGCUCAUGUAGCCAAACGCAGGACGCUUUGGUCAUGGCAGCAUUGGCAGAGCUAUGUGUUAUUGCGCCGGAUGAAGCAUAGGAUGCACUUGGAGGCAUUCAGAUUCAGGGAGCAAAGCAUCUUGCGUCUGUCAUGGAGAUUGUGGAGAAAGAGGUGGUGCGCGAACCAAGCUAGUUAUGAAAUGGACGCUCGGGCUCUGCAGCACUGGGCCCAAAACUUGGAGUGUUGGGCCUGGCUCCAGUGGAAAGGCCUCUACACGUGUAUCCAGCAUGAAAAGGAGAAGGCAGUCAUGGCAAUGAAGCACUGCCACCACAAGGAGACGAGGAGAGCCAUAAAAUCCUGGUGUGCCUACGUUCAGCUCCGAAGGGAGAAGAAGCGCCAGGACGAGCUGGCUUUGCAGCAUCGCCAGAGCUGCGCGCUCCUUCAGCAUUUCUCCCUGUGGCAGCUGACAUGGGAACGCAAACGGCAAUUGCACAUCCACCAGGAGCGCAUUGUUCAGCUGGCAGCAAGGGUCACCUUGAGGAGAGUCUUCACACGAUGGAAGCGCUAUGUGGCACUGUGUGCCGAAGCCACCAAGCAUCAUGAGGUGGCUGAGCAUCACUACAGACUUCGCCUGUUGUGCCGUGGGCUUUGUGCCUUACGAAAGAAUGUUGUGGAUGCUUCUCUCAAGCGAAUGAGAAGAAAUUUGGCUUAUCGGCAGCACCAAGUUACACUUUUGCACAGGAUCUGGAAUGGUUGGAAGUCUCGUUUGGAACAGAAGGAAGAAGACCGAGACCAGUCCCUGACGCUGGCAGCUCAUUCACACUACAGCUUGGUCCUGCUGCAUAAGUCCCUCCAGACCUGGCUACACCGUGCCAACUGGGAAAGGGGCAGGAAGUUGCAAUGUGCCAAAGCUGAUCAGCACUACAAGGAAGUGCUCUUGCCCAUCGCCUUCCAGGCCUGGAAGCAAUUCAAGGAUCAUCAGCACUGGUGGAAAGAGACGAAAAGGGUGGCUUUGGGUUUCCACAGGGAUGUGUGGACCCGGCGAUGGUUUGAACGUUGGCAGCGGAGGACGCAGCAACAGCAAGAGACCUGCAUGGCCGAGAAAAUGGCUGCUCUACACUCGGAGCAGAGGCUCCGGGCUCGCUUCUGGUGCUUCUGGCACAGGAGAACCGUGGCCCGUCGGGAGGAGCAAGAGGGAGCCUCCCUGGCCAAAGAGCAUCACAGCCGCAAGCUCCUGCAGGCCACGUUUUGUCUCUGGAAGGAGGGCGUUCAGGAGAUUAAAGAAGAGAGGACAAAGGAAGCCGAGGCUUUGAGAUUCCACUCUGCACAGCUCCUGCGGCAGUCUUGGAGCCAAUGGCAACAGUACUUGAGGCACCGGUCUGAGAAGUGGAAGAAGCUUGUGAAGGCGGAUCUGCACUAUCAGAGGGCUUUGUUGGGCAGGGUCCUGUCAGCCUGGAAAACUUAUCAGAGUGAUGUCCAGCACCUUCUGUUCCAAGUGGCCCAAAAGGAGAGGGAGCAUCAUCGGACGCAGCUGCGACAAGUGCUGUGUGCCUGGAAGGCAAAUGCCACCCAGUUCAAGCAUGAAGCAAAGGCAGCCGCGCUGGCCGAUCAGCACUGCCGAAGAGCAGCCCUCUCAAAGGUGCUGCUCCAGUGGAGGGACGUGGCCAUGUUGUGUGCCUACCGCCGUCAGCAGGGGGCGGCAGCUGUGGAGGACGCCAAGAAGCGUUUGCAUCCAGCAAAGCUGCAAGCGGUCUUCCUCCGCUGGAAAGAGUCCUCCAUCAGAUCCUCAAGGCAGAGGGGGCUGCUGGCCCUGGCAACGCGGCACCACGAGAGGCAGCUGCUGAACAAGUGUGUGGCCAGGUGGAAGCAACAUCACCUCCAGUGCAUAAGGAAGAUGCUGUUGCAGAGACGAGGUGAACCGCUCCUGGCCCAGAGGCUCGUCUCGACAGCCUUCUCAUUAUGGAAGAUACAGCUGGCGCACAGGCAGUGGGAGCAGCAGGAAACGGUGCGUGCUCUGUGGCACUGGUCCCUGACCCUGCAGGGGAAGGCAUUGGAUGCUUGGGCAGGAUUUGUCCUGGAACGGCGGCGGAAGAAAGGCCGGAUUGAGAGAGCCGUGGAGGCUUACCGAGCGGGCCUGUUGCAGGAAGGGGUGACCCGCAUCCUGCGAUUCAUGGCUGGCAUGAAGCAAUUCCGAGGGCAACUCCAAGCCCAGCAGCAGCUGAAGGUGGCCCAUCACCGUUACCAGUCGGUCUACCGUUGUGCCAUGCUCUGGAAGCAGAAGGCUCUCUGCCGGCAGCCAGGCCAGUUGCCUCCAGGGGCCCCUCUCAAGAAGCGGGUGACGUUCCAGCUGCUGCCGCCCGGUGCCUCUGCCAAGGGAGCCCUUGGAGGGGUGGCGAGUCUGUGUGGCAUGCCAAGGCCUGCUCCGGGCGAUGACCUGCCCCUCUUUCAGGCUGCUGGGGAUUCCCUCUGGACUGAGCUGCAGACCGCUCGCCAGCGGAGGCUACCGCCACGUCGGCCAGAUUUCUUGCGGCAGUCUCUGGAGAGGAUGGAGCCGCCUGGGCCUUUCUCGACUGGAAUGGGAAGUCUGGCUGGGCCCUGGCUGCAAACUGCUCCUGCUGCUACCACCUUGUCAUCCGUCGAAAGAGAACCAAGCAGUCGCCCCUCCCUGCCCCUCCCCACAUCUGCUCCACUGCCUUGCAAGCUGCCUCAGCCCCACAGCGUGGCCUGUCCAAAGCCAGUGCUGCUGCUGCCCCCCUCCUCCUUCAGGCCACGGCAGAGAAACGGACUGGAAAGGGCCACGGACCAGCCCUUGAGCCUCCCCUCUGGGCACCACUCCACAGACCCUCCAGCUGCCGCCUCUGCAAAGAAGAGGAAGGCAGAGUUACUGUUGCCAGAAGAUUUUACAAGAAGAGAAGGAAGUCCGCCCCUUGGUGGAAGGGCAGGUUGGCAAGGAAAGCACAUGAGGAGUUCCCCAAAGGAGGCAGAAGUUCACAGCCAGCUGGAGGCUGAGCUGCAACAUAUUGGGCAGAAAAUGCAACUGUACCACAGCAAUCAGCAGGAGCUGAAGUCACUCCAGAGGCAGGAGCGCAUCCUGCUCAAGUGGCUAGAGAUGAGCUCGGGGGCCGAGGAGCAGGCCGAUGUGCAGCAAGUGCGAGAAGAGCUGGAGCAGCUGAAAGUACAAAGCGGCUCCCUCACAAAGCGGCUGGGAGAAGAGCGCCGACAGAUGCAGGCCUACAUCACCCGUGUCCAGGAGAUCAGAGCGGCUCUCAGUGCCUGAACAGCUGGAACUCUGGCUGGCAGGAAUUGUGGUGCUAUCGGGGGGCUCUGCCUCUUCGUUUAGCAAUGCUGGAGAAGAACACCUUUUUUACAGGUUCUCCGAGUGCCUUUCUUUCAAAAAGUCAAGCAUGGCAAGUCACCUGUUUUAUUUAAAAACAUUUGCAAUUAAUGAGUUAAUGUCUGCAAGUUGUACAUUUUGACAUACAAAAAUACUGUGCUACUGAUACAGUUGAAAAAUCAAAUGGAUUCUCCAUGCAGGAGAAAUUCACAGCGUCACCCAGAAACCCACUCCCAGUCGUGGAGGAUCAACGUGACCUUUCCUGGCACUCGGCCUCAUCCGCCGCAGACACAGGCCCAGUGCAGAACAUCCGUCCGGUAGCAUCUGAUGGUCCUGAACAAGCACUUGUACCUCUAGUAAGCUAGGCAGGCAGAACAAUGAGAACAGAAAGCUCCAAGUGGCAUCAGCAGCAACACAGCCUCAGCAGAAGCAAUGCGUCCCUCCGAACGGAGGGAAGCUGCACCCCUCUAGGGCCUGCUCACUGCUUUCAUACGCUUCAGCAAUAGCCCACUCUUCAAGUUGGCCUUCCUAGAAUGAGGUGCUAAAAAGACAGGAGCUGUGAACGGUCAUGGCAUUCUGGGUGGGGGGGAGCAGGGCAGCUUGACGGACCAGCCAUCACAAAAGCCAAUUCUCGGCCUGACGUCAACCACAGCACCAGAGAGAGGGCUACGCUACGGUGCCUCGAAGAGAGAGGCCUGUUCUGGUUUGUCAUCAUCUUGACAUUACCCUAGCUGCCCUCUUCUCAAAGCUGCUUUUAGGACAGUGGCAUAUUCCUUACGAGGAAGAGAGCACGUCUCCCUCUUUUGGAGGUGCGUGGGUGGGACGUGUGUACACACACACACACACGUGUGUAAGGCUAAAGCAAGGAGAAUAUCAAUGGUUUUAAGGUGAGUUGUAAUUUGAACCGAAGUGAAUUCAACUCUCCUGAGCCUCAUCCAUGUGCACUUGGCUGCUUGAGUUGAAAACUGAAUUGUAUGAAUAAAUGAAUCCCUUCACUCCCCUUUGGCACCUGUUGUGAUGAACCCCCUGUGAGGGAAAAGGCAGCUGAAAUGGGGCUCUCCCUUGUUCCUGGUCUAUGCAGUAGUGCUUACACUGGGAAAUGGAGACCUCAGAGCACGAAUGGGGGACACUUCCGUAGUGAACCCUCGAGCUCCGAUCCUUGUGCAAAUGUGGCCUCUUGAUGUCAGGAAUGUAGGGAUUUGCAAGCCUAGGAAGGAGUAGGGAAGGGUUAAUGCACAUGAGGAGGAUUACUCCAGGGUUCCCACUGGGCCUGUCCUGUUGCUCUCUGCAAGAAUGCCAGGGCAGACACCCCCCCGGGCUCUUCCCCAGGUCAUGGCAACAUCCCAGGGGCAGCACCUGGGAGGAAGAGAAGACAAGCCCGAGCCUUUGCACGGAGACAUUGAAGUGGGUGGGAUCUUUUUGGCAUCCCUGGCCCAUGAAAGGAGACUAGCUCUCUCCCAUACAGAUAAGGCCUAGAAGAGCAAGACAGGAAGGAGAAGCCUGGGAGGAGCCCGAGCAGCAGGUCAAAGAGGCGAAAAACUCAAACGGAUGAAGUCAAAACGUGGAAUGUGGACACAGUGUUGGAGACUUUAAAAGACAGUGCAAACUUCUGCUUUAAAGGGAGAGUACCAGAUUGUACCAGUUUCCGAAGCCGCCACAGGGAGUCCAAGCGAGCUUGUGUUGGGCUGUGCUCCAGCCACAUUUCACACGGGGGGGGGGGGGGGGA